AUGCGUCUUCUUUUAGAUCGACGACCAUUGGAAAUGUCCGAAGCAGAAAUUGAACAAGCUGUGAUAAAUGCCAUACUAGAAUCAUCAACGGUUCCUGCCAGGAGACGAUCGCGUAUUCGAAGGCCGCAAUUACGGCUAACAUCGGCGCUUCCAAGCUCACCAAUAAGCAAUACACAAGUGACUCGAAUGCAACAUACUUCAAUCGUUUCGAAUACUGCUCAAAUGGAAGACGUUUUCGAGAGACCAUUCGGUAGUAGGUCCAGCACUGUAAGCUUGGGAGGCAUUAUGGAAACUGAAGCUAUUAUCCCAGCUCUGACGACAACACCCAUGACAAUCGUAGCUCGAAUUGAUAACACUGCUUUCCCAACCAGUUCUAUACUCUCUUCGCGUCGAGUCAACAUAGUAUCCAAUAAAGAAAGCAGUAGUCGAACGCGGUCGAGAAGCCGUGCUUUGCACAAACACAGCAGUUUCUCGUCAUCUGCGGCACAUUUCGGCAGUGCUAGUACGAAAAGCAUUGCGUUUGUUACUGAAUCGUCUACAUCAGCCCCGACUCAGUUCAAUACCUUUGUUAGGAGCAGGCCAAUAACCGUGAUGGGUCAAGAUGAUUUUUUCACUGAGACCACAACCACAGGCUCUCCAUUGUCGGAUAGGAUACCGACUCUGACUUUCACACCAUCACCAUCUUUGACAUUGAUCAGCGAUGACGAUGACGAGCUUUUUAGGACUAUACCGUUUACCGACACACCUAUCACUGAUACCACAGAAGAUUUUACUUCCACAACAUCACCGUCUCCUACAGCUACUUUACCCACUCCUUUGACAGAAGAUACAACGACGCCAAUUCUCUUUGUAGAUAUAUCUGAUGAAUUGAAAACCACUGAGGAACCAGGAACCCAAAUGGACAUUGACUUUUCGGGAAGAAAUAUGGAAGGAUCAAAUAGUCCGUCCAUGGAAGUGUCAAGCAAUCCAACCACGGAAGAGCCAACUGUUCCAUCUAUGGAUGGCCUCCAUAUUCCAGGAAUGGAAGAUCCAUCACACCCAGUUGCUGAUAGCGAUAAAGAAGGUGCUCAAAGAACAAUUCCAUCGACUCCAGUUGCUACACAGAUAAGAGGACCCCCUGCUCCUCCACCACCGGAAUUUUUGCUUGCUAACAAUAGGAACGUCAACGAAUUCAAAGAAGAGGAAUUGAACAGGAACAUCAUUGAAGGUUGGUAAAU